AUGAUGCUUCGUUUUUUCUACCUGCUUGUCUUAAUUCAACUGUCAUACGGCUGCUUUAAAUGGAACUGUAGGUCUCCUAUUAUUUUGUACUUGUUGCUUGCAAUACUCAGAAUAAGAACUGCCUGAAAUACUGCACCUCAUAUUUCGUUUUUUAAUCCAUAGGCAAAAUAAAAAUAUUGGCAGUUCUAAAUGUCUAUUAAGCACUUUAAAGCUUAAUUAUAUCGCGGAAUAUUAAUAAAAUUAAUUUCUGAUUUUUACAUACAUGUAAAAACCCCGCCUCAACAUGACACCAUGCGUUUUCAUGGACGGUUGAUUUGCUGUCCAAUAUUUUUAAAUGCGGCUUCGGUUAGAAAAGAUCCCCGUAGAUAAGCUGUAAAACUAACAGUAGCGUGGUUUAAUCACAAAAAAUUUCAGUGAUACCGUGAGGCCGUCCUUUAAAUGCGCUUCUAACGGGCGGGCUGCAAAAACACGAUUCUGUAAGAAAUGGCAAAUGAUUCAGUCAAACAAUUUUUGGAGCUUUUACAUAUCCUAGCACAUUCUACAGAAAACAUGCACUGAGUUAUUCUUGUGUCUAUUUGGUAACAUACAGCCUUUUUUUAGAUUAUUUUCUUUGCGAAAGCGUACAUUUUAUUUUACAAAAUUCUGAAAUAUCGCACGAUUUUGAACCCGACCAAAAUUGACAUCUGCCUUGAAGGUUUCUACACUAUAAGUUGCAUAUAUUUCCUGCAAACGAAAUGGCUCUAAAAACAUAAUACUAAGAAGGUGCAACAUAGUACUCGUUAAAUUCUGCUAUGGAAGUAGACCACGCUGUAUACUUUAGAAGCAGGAUUAAUACAUGGUCGGAUAUGAUGCUGUAUUGGUUGAUAUAUCCCACUCUUAAAAAAUCUCAGAAUUACACAUUCCUUUGGAAACUGAAAUGCUUUUCGUGGAGUUAAAAAAAUUGAAAAAGAUGCAAUGUACUGCCCAAUAAGCAUAAAGGUUUGUUUGUGUAUACUUUCUGCAGAAUGGGCUUUUAUGUGUAGCAAAUAGAAAAAUAAAUAUAAAAAUUCAUCUUCCCUAAGUAGCCAUUUUUACUCAUUGUGGUUUUUGUAAGCCACCGAAAAGAAGGUCUUUAACCAACCGGCAUUUCGAUAUGAUGAAAUUAUACUGUGAUUAUGCUGCGCGACAGUUAGCUUUCCGGCCCGACUUAAGUAGCAUAUUAUAAUCAAAAACACAUUUAGGAGUUUGGGUUAACAUUUCAUUAGCUAGCACACCAACCGCAGUAUUCCCCUUCGUUUGCGUGCACUUAUGGUCCUCGAAAUAUUUAGGUAGAUUUCGAUAAAAUUUUGCUUGGCGUGCGGUGGAUGAUGUGCAUCGGUGGUGUGUACUAGAUUAAGCAAAAGUUUUUGUCGGUGUCUAAUUUAGUUUCGUACAUCGUUGCAUCUCACAGUCCAAUGCUUAGUUCUUACGCAGUCCACUCUGUGUGACUUGAGAGCAGGUAGAAAAAUUCGUCUCUAAAAUGUAUUCAUUGAGCGUGUGAAAUGUUUUUUGGCUUUAGGAUACCACUCGUUUAAGACUGCAGUACUGAUGAAUAUGUCACAUUUUCCGGGGUAUUGCUUUGGAGAAGUAUGCGAGGAUAAGACGGCUGACAACAAUGGGAUUUUCAAAUCAGGCCUUAGAGUAAAGUACUCGUUUGGACAUAAUCAGCUGUGAGUAAGACAACCCAGAGAUCAACAAAUUCAUUAGUUCCUGCACGCUAAAAUCGUGAUUAGAUGGCUAAACGCCAAAACAAAUUUUCGCUGUUGUUAUGCUGACGGACUGAGUAUUAGAGGUGCAUGCGCAGAGUGGAAAAUUUAUCUUGAGUGCACCAAAGGCAACACUGAUAACUGGAUAUGUAUCUGACCAAAAGAGUACAACCUGUCCAGGUAUACUAGCGGUCACAUAGUUGAUCAGGAUAAUGACCAAACAGCACACCAGUUGAUGACCUAAUUAAUAGGCGUCCCACCGUACUCGUGGAAAGCACAUACCUAAUUAAAACGCAUGUCAAAUAACCAUAUCAUAACGUCACUACCAACAACAAUUAGUUCGGCAUUUUAGUAAAGUAUUCUAUAUUAUAAACAAUAGCCAAUGCAUAAAAAGUUCAAAAAGUAGGUAAGGAGGAAAACUAAUCAUUCAAACAAAUAUAUUAAAUGAUCAAAAUUUUCUGUUUUCCUCGGCUUUCACUACUGUGUCGUUGGCUGCAGAGUUAAAAUGACGGGGAUCAUAUGGUUACCUUGUGCAAUCUCGAAUCAGCGGGUUUGACGAUUAUUAUACACGGUAAACAGCACAAUCACGAUGUAAUGAGCGAGCACGUGGUGUUAGUUGACAGACUGCAAACCGCUGAUACAUGGUAGCAGCGGCUCACGUUUUUCCCACUUUCCUGUAACUAAACAGAUUUCGGGCUGUGUGAACAUGCUAGCGUGCGCGCGGGCGGUGAAGAUGGUUGUUUCUUUGCUAAGUAAUGACCUCCUUGGCGACCAGCAUAAGAUUAUAAUUAUUUGCUAUUUUUAUUUUUUCUCAAAGUAUUUGGCGGAGAGAAUAAUGCAAAUGACACCGCCAUUACUACUGAAGCUUAUGGCAACUCAAAUUCACCCUCAAACACAACCAGUGCUCCACCUAAAUCUGGUCCAGAGAACGAGACCAGCAUGAGACCAAAGGCUGGUCAUGGACUUCAGGAACAACAAAAUGGACUUAACGGUCCAGGAGUUAAUCUGUUUGUCAAUAGCAAUUCCACGGGUGAGUUCAAAUUCCUACUUACGCAGACGCAAGGCAUGAGCCAAGUAUAUACUUAAGUAUUUUCCUUUAACUAAGUAGUUGUUAAGGAUCAUAUUAUUUAGUGAAUUUUCCCAGGCCUAGUUCAACCUGCGCAAAGCUACAGGCGGGGGAUCAACGGAUACUAAUCUUAAGUGCCAUUUUGGCCAACAUUUCCUCGGUUCCAGGGCAUUUGAACGCAUGUAAACAGAUAAUGACGGUUAAUUUCAAAGGUUCUUUUGGCGAAGCAGUCUCUCAGCCAAAACAUUCACAUACUAAUAGUCUAGUCGCCGUGGGAUUAGUCGUUACUAAGCAACGCUCAGUAGGCAAAUGAGGUCACCACAGACGGUGGAUAAAUUUACAGUGCGCGACCUAACUCAUGAACUGUUGUCUGAAAUUCUGAAAUGUGUUUUCGAUUAGGAAAUAUGACUUAGUCGCGGUUGUAAUACUGAUUAUUUUAUAGCAUUUUCUUAUAACAUUUUGGACUUGGCUGGAUGUCGGCUUUUAAAUGCAUAUCUUUUCAAUCUCCUGCAGAAAGCGUGCUCGGGAAAAAAUGACUACUUAAGUAGCAUGCAUUUUUCCCAUUAAUUUUCGAUGGUCUUGGAAAUUCAAAUAUAUUUUAUAGAAAUAACAAACAAAAAUAUGCUUUCUUUUAGUCAGUCAAUAGAGAAUUACGUCUUAUUUAUAUUGUAUACUUAAGAAGGAGCAUAAUUAGGUUUGAAAAAAGUUUUCUAAUUGCCGAAUAAUUUGGAGCCUGAUCAUUCGUUGGAUUAGCGCUUAGUGAUUACAUUCUACAAGGCGCAUGCGUUCCGCGUAAAGAAAAUCCCAUAUUUUUCUAUGUCAUUAAAGAGGUAUCAUACAGGGUCCAUAAAAUUUUGCAAUGGAUGCGGACCAUGUUGUAUAUUUCAUGAGUAGCAGUGGUAAACGUCCAGGUACGAUGCUAUGUGAAUGGACAUAUCGCGGUCUUAAAAAGUCUCAUAAUUUAAAAUCCGACAUCCAGCAAAGUCCAAAAUGUUAUAAGAUUAGGCUUUAAAAUAAUCAGUAUUACAACCGCGACCAAGUAAUCCUUCCUAAUCGAAUACGCAUUUUAGAAUUUCAACCAACAUUUCAUGAGAUAGGUCACGCACUGUACCAUGCUUGAUAGCACAGCCCUUUUAAUUUAUCAACUCUUCAUUUUUGCUUCUAGGCAAGACAACCUCCAGCUCCACGCGCUCUCAAUUCGGAUUGGAGUUGUUCGCUUUUUCACUCGCGGUCGUGCGCUCUUUAUUUUAA